GACAGAAUCACCUUGAUAGUACGGAAGAACAGCAUCUCAAAAUCUAGCACGAUGUCGGUUGACUGGACUCGUUCGGCAGACGAUAUGCACGCCAUGCAUGCGAGGUCCGGGGGCCACUAUGAUGGAUGAGAUUGGGCAGAGUCCGAGAAGGAUUCAGCUUAAUCACGUGCUGUCGUCUGACAGGCAGCAAAGGCACGAAAUCAGAGAGAGGGGUCUGAAUCUGAGAGCCUGACUCUUGACCGCCGGUUCUGAGUCCUGAGUCCUGACGAUUUGGACGAUUUGGACGAUUCUGGUGAUCCGACGUGCUUUGCCUCGUUGCUCUACACUUGCCCGUCCCAAUCUUACGGUUGCCAAGAACCAUAAAUCCCGACUCAAACCACAUGCAUCCAUGGACUCUUUCAAACGCUUAUUCCGCAAGAAAGUGAACAGCGACUGCCGGUGCUGCCAGGGCCUUCUAGGACCAGGAGUAUGGAUUUCCGCAACGGACCUCAUCCAGGGCUCGCAAGCCGGUUGCCCGGCAUGUCAACUGCUGUACCAAUCAAUCAACCUUUCGGACCUGUGUGAUCCCAGAAUCGAGCUCGUGUCUGUCCAUGCCUUUGGCGACUCGUCGGUCCUCCAGACGUUCGACCCGAAAUCUGAGGGCAUGUCCCGCCAGCUGUACACCCAAGAAGGUUUCCACAAAGGACGUUGGGCUGCCGACCCUUCGCGGCCCUCUCAUGCCCCCGAUCGUCCGUAUCCUCCGGUGGAGCGCUCGGUGGAACUAUUCAGCCUGGAAGGAAACACCUCGCACUGGCCUGUGGUUCGCGCCGCGAGACACGUAGCCGCCGUCGCCGAUGCCCCUGAAUGUCUCGAUCUCAUCAGAACCUGGGUCUCGGACUGCGAGAAGAAGCAUCGAAGCUGUAGGAAGAAGAAAACCCCAAAGACCCUCCCGGAUCGAGUGAUCUUGAUCAGACCAGGGAAUGAUCCCCAGCUUGUCGACUCCCAGGGUCUUCCCGGAAGAUACAUCGCCCUCAGUCAUCGCUGGGGCGGAAAUGUGUCGCUGCAGUUAACGAAAGACAAGCUCGAAGACUUCAAGCGCGGCAUUCCCUUCUCGUCCUUUCCGAAGACCUUUCAAGACGCCAUCCACAUCUGCCGCGCUCUGGAGGUUGACUACAUCUGGAUCGACUCGAUUUGCAUCAUCCAAGACUCGAAAGAGGAUUGGGAUGUCCAGGGGUCCAAGAUGGACCAGGUAUACGCCAACUGCUUGCUCACUCUCGCGGCAGACGCUGCGGAAAAUGGGGGAGCGGGAUUCAUCACAGGGACCGAAAGACAAGACCUGAGCGGGAAGACGCGGAAACUCAUCUACCACGGGCCCCAGGGCGAGGAAGGCGAGCUCUUCGUCAGGCCCCUGCGAGAGUUUGGAAGCAUGGGAGGAUUCGGACGACACUAUCAGGGCUGGGCGCCCCAGCCCCAGCCCGAAGCCGAAACCUCAAGCUCCCAGCCGUCAAAACACCAGUUGGUAGAGCAGGGUAGUUACCUCCUCCGACGCGGCUGGGUACUCCAGGAAACCCUCCUUCCUCGGCGAAUGUUGCACUUCCUCCCCAACGAAGUCAGCUGGCGGUGCGCCUCGGCUUCCCUGUGCGAGUGCCAGCUCCGACCGCACGGCAACGUCGCGCACGCCCCUCUGGACCUGGAGCAGCCACGCGAGAUCGACACGGAGGACCUCAAGGAAUUUUGGAAGGAGGUCGUGGAGCAGUACACGCGGCGCCAACUCACGUUCCCCUCCGACAGACUGGCCGCCCUGGCGGGCAUGGCUAGCCGUGCGCAGUCGGUUGCGCCGGACGCCCACUACUGCGCCGGGCUAUGGUCGGACGCCCUGCCGUCCACGCUUCUCUGGACGGUUGACCGGCCCGUCCAACUUGACAAGAACGCCGAGGAACCCGCCAGUCGUCGCAUCGACCCCGCUAUCGCCCCGUCGUGGUCCUGGGCUAGCGUUACGGGCUAUGUGCUCUUUCUGUUCUGGAAACGCAACUACGACCGUGGACGCUGGGCCAAGAGUGCCCCUGACCUGACGGACAUUCAGGUCCAGUGCACGCCUACGGGGCAGAACAGGUACGGUAGCGUGAAUGUCGCCGACGCCAAGUUGACGGCGCUCGGAUACCUCUGCAAGGUGCGGCUCUGGUUGACGGGAGGGUCUAAGUGGCAUUUUCCCUUCCGAAUGGAGGGGGGGACACCCGGCGGCACGUUGGGCCGGACGGGAGGCUACUUGUAUCCCGACACGGACGAGUUCCUCGAGAGUCUACAAGCGAGCGGCAAGCAGGGCAUGUCGAUGACGGUGGUUAGCGUCUACGGGUCUCGGAUGUUCCUGGUGCUCAGACCGGUUGGGGAGGAGGAGGAGCUGGUCUUUGAGAGGAUAGGGGUUCUCUAUUGUGAGGAGAAAGAUGCGGUGGGUCUUUCGGAAUGGGGGCGCAGAGACCGAUUUACACUCGUUUGACCAUCUAAAGAGUGAACUGGGAGCCGUAUCCCGCUAGAAAUAUAUCGAGAUCAAAUUCCUU